AUGACCAUCGUGGAAGCCCAGAAAGGCGUCAUCAUCAUCGACCCACUCACAUCCGCUGAAUGCUCCGCCAAAGCGCUCGCGCUGUACCGCAAGAACCGUGGCAACAAACCAGUUACCGGCGUGAUCUACUCGCACUCGCAUAUUGACCACUUCGGCGGCGCAAGCGGCGUGCUCCAAGGUCCUGACGCAUCUUCAAUCCCCAUCAUCGCGCCGGAGGGCUUCCUCGAAGAGGCAACAAGCGAAAACAUCUACGUCGGGCCCGCGAUGCGCCGUCGCGCAAUGUACAUGUACGGCAACCGACUUCCCAAGGGUCCCGCGGGCCAGAUCGGCUGCGGGAUUGGCAUGACCGUCUCCAGCGGGACGAGCACGCUGGUGCCCCUGAACGUGAGCAUCUCGUCAACAGGGGAAACGCGGAUCAUCGACGGCGUGCGGAUCGAGUUCCAGAUGGUGCCCGAGACGGAAGCGCCGGCGGAGAUGAACUUCUACUUCCCCGAUCACCGGGCGCUGUACAUCGCCGAGUGUGCGACGCACUGUCUGCACAACAUCAUCACGCUGCGGGGCGCGCUAGUGCGCGACGCAAAGGCGUGGUCGCGGUACCUGGACGAGGCGGUCGUGCUGUACGGCCAGAAGUCCGAUGUGCUGUGCGCGGGACACAACUGGCCGACGUGGGGUCGGGAUGCAAUUGUGCAGCUCAUUUCGGAGCAGCGAGAUCUGUACGGCUACCUGCAUGAUCAGACCGUGCGCAUGAUGAACCAGGGUAUGACGGGGAUCGAGAUCGCGGAGGUGCUGACGCUCCCGCCGGCGUUGCAGACUGCGUGGCAUACGCAGGGCUUCUACGGGUCCAUCAGUCACAACGUCAAGGGGAUCUACCAGCGGUACAUGGGGUGGUUUGACGGGAACCCGGCGCAUCUCUGGGAAUACCCGUCUGUUGAGAACGCCCGCCGGCGGAAACUUUUGCCAAGGAUGGUGAUUUGA